AUCUCUCUCUCUUUCCUUCUCUGCUGUUGUGUUGUCUUCUUGGGCUCUCCUUUCGUAGCAAUGAUUCCAUAGCUGCUCCCUCCUUCCCCUGAACCCUCUCUUUCAACACAAUCUUUUUUUUUAAAAAAACAAAAACCCCUCUCUCCUUCUCUCUUCAUUUCUCAACAGAAACAUAAUAAAGCUGCGUGUUUAGCCCAGAUCCCAAUAUAUACCCUCUCUCUCUCUCACUCUCUCUCUCUCUAGCCUUCUUAAUCAGGCUCCUCAAAGAAAAUAAACAAAGAAAAAAAAGAAAAAAAAUGCAAGAGCCGAGCUUGGGAAUGAUGGGCGGAGGUGCGGAAUUGUGCGUCGGCGGCGGAGGCGGAGGAGGGGAGCAGAGCAACCGGCAGCUGAAGGCGGAGAUAGCGACACACCCGCUGUACGAGCAGCUACUGUCGGCACACGUGGCGUGCCUGCGAGUGGCCACCCCAAUCGACCAGCUCCCGCUCAUCGACGCCCAGCUCUCCCACGCCUCCGACCUCCUCCGCUCCUACGCCGCCGCCGCUGCCGCCGGUGGCCUUUCCCCUCACGACAGGCAGGACCUCGACAACUUCUUGGCGCAGUACUUGAUAGUGCUGUGUGGGUUCAAAGACCAGCUGCAGCAGCACGUCCGAGUUCACGCCGUCGAGGCCGUCAUGGCCUGCCGUGAAAUCGAAACCUCCUUCCACUCUCUCACCGGAGUGAGCCUAGGAGAAGGGACUGGGGCGACAAUGUCGGACGACGAGGACGAUCUUCAGAUGGACUUCUCACUCGACCAACCCGGCGGCGGCGGCGGCGGAGGAAUGAUGGGGAGUAGUAGCAGCAGCGCCGCCGAUGCGCAUGACAUGAUGAUGGGGUUCGGCCCUCUCCUUCCAACGGAGUCGGAGAGGUCGCUGAUGGAGAGGGUUCGUCAGGAGCUGAAGAUCGAGCUGAAGCAAGGGUUCAAGUCGAGAAUCGAGGAUGUGAGGGAAGAGAUCCUGAGGAAGAGGAGAGCUGGCAAGUUGCCCGGAGACACCACCACCGUCCUCAAGAACUGGUGGCAGCAACACUCCAAGUGGCCUUACCCAACCGAGGAUGACAAGGCGAAGCUAGUGGAGGAGACGGGGCUGCAGCUGAAGCAGAUAAACAACUGGUUCAUCAACCAAAGGAAACGAAACUGGCACAGCACCUCUCAAUCUGUCACCUCCCUCAAGUCCAAGCGGAAGAGGUAGAGAGAUCGACCAAAUCAUGAUCAGCCAACUGAAGAGCUCAGCUAUAUAAAUAGACGGUGUCUCUAUGAAUGUAUAAAUGGAGAUAUAGAGGGAAAUCUUUGAGUUUCAUAAUCGUGACUUUUUGUUUCACAUUAAUCACUCGAUAGCUAACACGUGUUAAUGUUGCGAAUGUAUAAAAGAAACACACAUGUUGAUGAUUGAUUAUAUUUGAUACGAUACAUGAUACAUUUACUAAUUUCUAAUAAGUAUAUAGCUGUUUUCUGCUACA